AUGUUUACUUGUAACACUUGUAGUUUACAAUUCUCCAAAUCAGAUGACCAGAGGAUUCAUAUGAAAACAGAAUGGCAUCGGUAUAAUUUAAAGAGAAAAGUUGCUCAGCUUCCGUCGAUACUGGAGGAACUAUUCAAUUCCAAAGUGGCGAGUCUUCAACUGCAACUGCAACUGCAAUCAGAUACUAAAACAAAACAAGUUACGAAGAAAGAGCAAAGAAGGAAGGAGAAAGAAGCUAUUUUGGAACAAAAACGCGCUAUUUAUAAACAAGCCGAGGAGGCUAUGACAGCGCAAGCAAAAAUUGCGGGGUUGCCAAUGGAGAGAACAUCUAUUCCAAUUAUAGACAAGCCUACCUCUAAUGAUUUGGAAGAAAAAGAAGCAAAAGAAGAAAAAGAAAAAGAGCAAGAAGAAGCAAAGGAGCAAGAAGAAGUUGAUGAAGAGAUACUUCUACAGCUGAAAGUUGCCAACAAAACCGAAAUUCCAACCACGACAUGUCUUUUUGCACAUCCAAAGUAUGGUCACCAGUUUAGUACAGUUGACGAAAACGUGGAGCAUAUGUUCAAGCAGCACGGACUAUAUAUACCUGAAGCAACUUACCUAAUCGACAAAGAGGGUUUAAUUGAAUAUUUAGGCGAAAAGAUUGGUUUUGGUUUUUGUAUCGCUUGUAAUUAUCAGGGAAAAAACGCAGAAGCUGCUAGAGAACACAUGCUGAAAAAGAGACACAUGAAAAUACCUUAUGAAACAGAGGAUGAGAAAUUAGAAAUCUCCAAGUUUUAUGAUUUUUCGUCAACUUAUGACGAUGUUGACGAUGUUGUUGAUGAAGAUUUGGUUUCAAAUCCUGACGACUGGGAAGACAUCAGCGGAGAUGAUGACGGAGAAGAGCAGGAAGAAGAAGAAGAAGAAGAAGAAAAAGGGGGAAAAGAGCUUCCUUCUGUGGAAAAAGACGCAAUUUAUCAGGCCGGGAAUGAGUUGAUUUUACCUUCUGGUGCAAUUAUUGGACAUCGUUCCAACGCCAGAUAUUACCGCCAAAAUUUGGCUCCUGAGAGAGAACUCUCAGAAGGACAAGGUACUGUUAUUGCAGCCGAAACUAGACAUAUGUUGACUCUUAGAGACAGGAAGGAAUUAGCUGAGAAGAAGAGGAACUGGAAGACAGAGAAAAAGAGGGAAGACGUCAACGAUAGAAGAGCAGCAAAGUUCAUCAACAACCAGCCCCAUUUCCGAGAUCAAUUAUUGCAAUAA